AUGACUACGACCGCUCAGACUGGAUACCGUCCCUUUCAACUCGAUGGUGCUGAGGAUCUCGAGAGAUACUGUCCCGGUGGAUUUCACCCAGUCUCAAUUGGAGACAUCCUCGCUGGCAGCCGAUACAAGGUCGUGCAUAAACUGGGAUUUGGAGGAUCAUCCACUGUCUGGCUCGUUCAGGAGCAGUCUCUACGGGGGCACUCACAAGACUUGGGUGGUCCUCUAGCUGUAAAAAUAUUAUCCGCAGAGCGUUCAUCCAAAUCGGGGCCAGCGAUUGCGGAGCUAUGCAUCCCUCAAGAACUUGACCGGGUCUCCCGCACCGCUCACUACCAAGGAAGAGAGCAUAUCCUUUUCCCAAGAGACGGUUUCAUGCAAGAAGGUCCUAAUGGGUCCCAUAUUUGUAUAGUCUCUCCGCUUGCUGGACCUAGCAUUCUGUCUUUGGCGGAGUGUCCGGGAAGAGUAUCUGGUAGCAGGCGACUUCGGGGGGAUCUGGCGAGAAAGGUUGCCAGGCAAGUUGUUCUCGCCGUGCAGUUUUUGCAUUCUAGAGGGAUUGUCCAUGGAGAUCUGACGUCAGCUAACGUCGUUUUUCGACUGUCCGACGCGGUCCGCAAGUGGUCGGCUGAUGAUGUCUACAACAUGUUAGGUAACCCCGAAACAGAGGAAGUUGUCACUCGCGAUGGGUCUCCUCCGGAUCCUCACGCACCCCCCGAGGUCGUUUCUCCCAUUGACUCUGCUUCCCUUCAUUGUUCCAAGAGGACAUCCUCGUGA